AUGAAUUUUAUUUUUGAUUUCAGCAAACAUGUAGGACAGCAACUUGGUCAACGUCUAUGUAAACUUGAUCCAUUUAAAUUUCAAAGAAUGAACAUGAUUUAUAAACGAAAACCCGUUAGACAAUUUGGUGAAGUUCUUGAAAGUAGGACGUCUAGUCAACUCCAUAAUAUUUUAGUAGCAAUAU